AAUGACGAACUUCCAUACACCAAAAUACAUACACCUGUCAUGCUUUCCGAAGUCUUGACUCAUCUUGCACCAGAGCCAGGAAAGAUCUACUGCGAUCUUACAUUUGGUGAUGGUGGAUACACAAAAGCAAUCCUAGAUUCAUGUGAUUGCAAGGUUGUUGCUGUUGACCAAGAUCCCACUGCUUAUGAAAAAGCACUUCAAUUGGCUGCUACACCUGAUUACAAGGGUAGAUUAUUCCCGCUUCUUAGUAAAUUUGGUCAAAUUGAUUCUGCAGUAAAGAAGAACUUUGACUGGAGUUUUCCUUGCUUUGAUGGAAUGGUUAUGGAUAUUGGUGUAUCCAGUGGUCAAAUUGAGACCGCUUCGCGAGGAUUUUCUUACAAACUCGAUGGACCUCUUGAUAUGCGAAUGUCUCGUCUGAUGCGCAAAUCAAUUUCAGCUUAUGAACUAGUCAAUUUUUAUUCAAGAGAGCAGAUUGCUGACAUUAUAUACAAGUAUGGCGGUGAUCGCCUAUCAAGAAAAAUCGCAGCCGCAAUUGUGGAUGCCCGCCAAAAGGCUCCAAUUGAAACAACAGGCGAACUGGCAGCAAUUGUACAAAAGACAUGCCCACAGCCGCGUUGGCAGCGUGGAGACGACGACAUGUUAAGAAACUCAGCCGCGCGCACUUUUCAGGCACUAAGAAUUUACAUCAACGACGAGCUGGCCGAACUAGAGAGUGCUCUGCGGUCGAGCGAGUAUCUCUUGCGGCCUCAGGGUCGCCUAGUUGUCGUCAGUUUCCACUCACUCGAAGACAGGAUCGCAAAGAACUUUCUUUACCACUGUGCUGGCAAAAGAUCGACUCAGGAAGCCGAGACAAACCAUGUCGUCCCAUCAUUUGAAUUGAAAUCCAAGAGUGUGGUUCAAGCUUCAAAGGAAGAAACAGCAGUCAAUUCUCGCAGUCGUUCAGCCAAACUCAGAGUUGGGCAGCGCACGAUGGCUGAGCCAUUGUCACCUUUUGGACCACUAGAUCUUUAAAAUAAAAUAAAAUAAAAUAAAGCAAUUAUAAUACUAAUAUGUAUAUAUAUAUUUUAUAUUUUAAAAAGGAGCCUCAACCAAUAAAAAUUAAAU